ACUUCAUUCGAGGAAGUGAGUAGGAGAGGCAGUUCAGGCGACAGGGGAAAGUCAGUUGUUUAUUCCGCGCUCAGAGAGACUAAAACGUCCCCGCGAACAUUUCAACAUGUCGAAUAUUGACAACAACCCGUUCGCAGAGUCUGCAGGCGACAGCCCUUUCAAUGAUCCUUCAGUCACACAAGUGACCAACUCCCACGUAGAGACAGUUGACCAGUUCAACCCUUUCCCUGAUCAUUCCACAGGUGGAGUAGCAAGUCAUACAACUCCAGCCACCACGUCUCUCUAUCAGCCUGCUGUGUUACAGCCGUCUACAGAGCCAAGUCCACAGGCGACUGCUGCUGCAGCUCAAACCAAACUGCUGAAGCAGCAGGAGGAGCUGGAGAGAAAAGCUGCUGAGCUGGACCGCAGAGAGCACGAGCUCCAGAGCAGAGGCCCGACAGGUAAAGAGAACAACUGGCCUCCACUGCCCAAAUGCUUCCCCAUCAAACCAUGUUUCUAUCAGGACUUCACAGAAGAAAUUGCCCCAGAGUAUCAGCGAGUGUGCAAGAUGAUGUAUUAUCUUUGGAUGUUCAACUGUGUGACUCUGUUCCUCAAUCUGCUGGCUUGUCUGGCCAUGUUCAUCACCGACUCGUCUGGUGGUAUCGAUUUUGGCCUCUCAAUUCUGUGGCUGGUUCUCUUCGCUCCAUGCUCCUUCCUCUGCUGGUACCGGCCCAUUUAUAAGGCUUUAAAGACUGACAGCUCCUUCAGCUUUUUCUUCUUCUUCUUUGUGUUUUUCUGCCAAGUGGUGAUCUUCAUCAUCCAGGCUGUAGGGAUCCCCAAAUGGGGGAACAGUGGCUGGAUCACUGCUUUCACUGUCAUCACUACGAACAAGGCAGUGGGCGCCAUCAUGAUCACAGUGGCCAUCCUCUUCACUAUUUGUGGUGUGCUGUCUGUCAUCCUGCUCAAGAUGGUCCACAGCAUGUACCGCCGGACUGGAGCCAGUUUCCAGAAAGCGCAGCAGGAAUUCUCUCAGGGUGUCUUCACCAAUAAAAAUUUCCAAACAGCUGCUGCUGGUGCUGCCCAGGGAGCCUUCCAGCAGAACAACUAAUGCUAGAUAUAGCUAGGGCAAGCUCCAUACAACAGGUCAAGGUCUUUAUAUUAUCAGGUCAACACGAUUAACCAAACUAAUGCGAAUCAUUGAGGAAGUUUAGCUUCGCUGAGAACGGAGAAGGCCUUCCAAAGUGUUAGUGAUUCUUUCUGGGAGUUGUUGCUACUCUGGGAAAAGCUCCUAUACUUUUGGAGCCAGUUGCUGCACAAAUUCUGAUCUGACCUUAUAAUGUACAGACCAUGAUCUAAGUGAGGCUACGUUAUCAUUUCACCAUCAAUGGACACGUGACUCCCAAUGUUAACUUAGCAUUUCACUUCAUGCAGCUCUGUUAGCAAGUGAAAAGCAGUUGAGGGACAAAGUCACACAUUUAGUGAUUUUCAAGGUGGAAAGCAUGAAUGAGGUUGACUGAUUUCUGUCUCUGUCCCUGGCUUUGUAUAUUUUGUGUGCACUUUCCUGCAAUGCUCUUCAUUGUGAUGUACGGUGUGUGUGUGUGAGAGAGUGUGUGUGUGUGUGUGCGCGUGUGCCCUGGCAUGCUGGUCACAUACUGUAAAGUAUGCUAGUGUUAAUCCAUGUAAAUGGAUCAUGUAAUGUAAAAAAAGUGUUCCUGUAUGUUGUUGAUUGGCAUAUUUUGGUCUUGAAUAACAUUUCAUUGUUGUGUUUUUUGUUUUGUUCUGCAAACAUUAUGGUAAAGAGGAAGAAAACAGGACAUGUAAUUGUUUUCCUUGAGGCCUUAGAGUUUCACAUGUUACUCAUGCAGUAAAUAUUCAUUUAAAUAUGGAAAGAAAUCUAAGAGUUAUACUGGAAACCUUCUGUAAGGAAACAUUUUUCAUUGACAAAAAGAAAAUAGUGGUAUCAUCAGUAUUGUGAUGGUUCUGAGGAAGUUGGCUUUUGUAGGUAUUACAUGACGGUUUCUAAUUUAACAUCAGUGUUACCUACGUCAUGUUUGUUAUCAGCAGAUUGAGUUCCCUCUUAAUAAUAUAAUAUAAUACAGAGGACAUACUGCAAUUUAUUUCACACUGAAGCAAUAAACUGGUGUUUUCUUCAUUAUCAGUAUCACAUUAAUGGUUUCUGACUCAGAUUCAGCUGCAUCUGUUAUCAGUGACUUGCCUUAAAGUUGUUGCUAAGGAGACCAAAGCAAUCCUGAUUAUUGGAAAAAAAAGAAGAAAAUUCUGCCAAUAAAUUACAUUUGCAUCAACGAGAUUUGACCUCAGGUCACAGUUUGCUUGAGUUGGCUGCUUUGAUCCAAACUGCGUUAUAAAGUACAGCAGCAUAUUCAGCCUGGUAAAUGAUAAAAAAUAAUCUGAACAUAUCUCAGAGAUUCUCCUCGAAUUCAUUUUUUAAUUCCAACCAGAGCUGUGUGAAUUUGGUGUAAUAUACCCAGUAAAGGUAUUAAAUUUUCUCCUGAUCAUUUCAUUUUCAAACUAAUUUAAGUCUUCCUGAAGACCACCACCACCACAUUCUAAAUUAUUUUAGUACUGAUGUAUAUUUCCUGUGAUUCCGUAUAAUGGAGUGUGUGUGUGUGUUUUGCUCGAUGUACAGUUUUUAAACAUUUGGCUUGGAUAUAUAAUAUAUGUAUAAAUUCUAAAAGAACGACUGCACACUCGGAUCAUUUCUGCGCUGUUCUUUCAGCAAAUGAGCGAAUCAUUUCAAGUUCAACCUCGGCACAGUAACACAACUGUAUUAUUCACACAUUUCCAUGCGCUUUGUGUCGGGAGAAGACAAAUUUGUGCCUUUUGGAUUUCUUGAUUGAAUAUAGCAUCUAAUAAAAUGCUUUGCUUCCA